AGUCAGCUACCUCAACCCCCCAGAUUGUGUCACUCAGGACAUUCCCUUCGAGCACAACUAGUGGAGAGAGCGACGCUCGUAGGCGGUAACCGGUCUACGCCACGCCGCUGCACUCCCCCUCCUCUCCCGGUAAUGGCGACAGGCCGGAGUACGGCGCAGAAUUUCUGGCCUGGAGCUCUACCGCGCCUGCGCAAUACGUCACUCCCGACGUCUGCGAUCCACCGGCCAAUGAUCAGCCAAUCAGCGGGCGCCUAUGGAGCAGGAUUGAGCGCUGCCAUUGGUGGGAGACAAGGGCCAGUCAUCAUCCGAUCCAGCCCAGAUCAGCGAAACCAGAUAAGAGGAUGGCUCGUCUAACAAAGAGGCGACAAGCGGAUACGAAAGUCAUUCAGUACUUAUGGACCGCUAUAGAAGUGAUCAGGAACCAGAAACAGAUUGCAAAUAUUGAUCGAAUUACUAAGUACAUGACCCGUGUCCAUGGCAUGCACCCAAAGGAAAUAUCACGUCAACUCAGCCUAGCUGUAAAAGAUGGCCUGAUAGUGGAGACGCUGACUGUGGGAUGUAAGGGAUCGAAAGCUGGUAUUGAGCAGGAAGGUUACUGGUUACCAGGGGAUGAAAUUAUGAAACAUCACCAAAUUAACGGAAGAGAGGGAAAAUCAGUGAAUGCACCUGAGGAUUGGGAGACAGAAACUCAUGACUGGUACUGUUUUGAAUGUCAUUUACCCGGAGAGGUGAUGAUAUGUGACCAGUGUUUUCGUGUCUACCACCCUAAAUGUUUACCUGAUGACUUAAGGCUCAGGGAUAGCAACAAUCAUUGGCAGUGCCCGGUGUGUAAGACUAUGAAGAAGAAAAGCUCCAACAAGCAGGAGAUGGGUAAAUACCUGCGGUUCAUUGUGUCCCGUAUGAAGGAGAGGGCUAUUGAACUCAACAAGAAGGGGAAGGACAGUAAACAUCCCAUGUACAGACGGUUGGUGCACACAGCCAUCGAUGUUUCCACUAUUAAUGAGAAAGUAAAUGAAGGAAAGUAUAAGAGUUAUGAAGAGUUCAAAGCCGACGCUCAGCUUCUUCUCCAUAACACCAUUCUUUUUUAUGGAGAUGACAGUGAGCAGGCCGAUGUGGCAAAGGUUCUGUACAAAGACACUUGUCAUGAGUUGGAUGAGCUGCACUUGUGCAAAAAUUGCUUCUAUUUGUCGAAUGCUCGGCCUGACAAUUGGUUCUGCUAUCCAUGUAUCCCUAAUCACGAAUUGGUGUGGGCCAAGAUGAAGGGCUUUGGCUUCUGGCCUGCUAAAAUCAUGCAGAAAGAAGACAAUCAAGUCGAUGUGCGUUUCUUUGGCCAUCAUCACCAAAGGGCCUGGAUCCCUUCUGAGAAUAUUCAGGAAAUUACUGUAAAUGUGCAUCAGCUCCAUGUAAAGCGAAGCAUGGGCUGGAAAAAAGCCUGUGAUGAGUUGCAGCUGCACCAACGCUUCGUUCGUGAAGGGCGAUUCUGGAAAUCCAAAGGAGAAGAUAAGGGGGAGGAAGAAGCAGAAUCAAGUAUCUCCUCUACUAGUAAUGAACAGCAGAAGGCAACUCAGGAACCAAGAGCCAAGAAGGGGCGUCGCAACCAGAAUGUGGAACCCAAGAAGGAAGAUCCAGAGCCAGAACCCGAGACGGAAGCUGUGAGCUCAAGCCAAGAAAUCCCUUCUCUGCCGCCACCAGUUGAAAAGGUGUCUGUCUGUACACAGACAAAGAAGCAAAGUGCCUCAUCUCCAAGAAUGUCGCACCGCAGCACGCAGACCAGUAGUGACUCCGGCGUGUGUCAGAACAUGUGUCAUGACAAGUACAGUAAGAUCUUCAAUGACUUUAAAGAAAGAAUGAGCACAGACAACAAGAGGGAAACGGAAAGAGCCGUGCGGGAAGCCAUUGACAAGCUGCGAGCUGAGAUGGAGGAGGAGAAGAGGCAAGCCGUUAACAAAGCCGUGGCCAAUAUACAGGGGGAGAUGGAUAGAAAGAGCAAACAGGUGAAAGAAAAGUGCAAGGAAGAGUUUGUUGAAGAGAUUAAGAAGUUGGCAGCACAACAUAAGCAGCUGAUAUCCCAGACCAAGAAGAAGCAGUGGUGCUACAACUGUGAAGAGGAGGCAAUGUACCACUGCUGCUGGAACACUUCGUACUGCUCCAUCAAAUGUCAGCAGGAACACUGGCACGCUGAACACAAGAGAACCUGUCGCAGGAAAAGAUGAAUCGUCCCCUCCCUCUCGCGUUGUUUCCUUGAUCUCUCUCCUCAAACUCUGUGUUUUGUUUUAAUUUCCAGGAUGCCGUACCCGCUUUCUAUCUGCAUACCAUCUCCGAAGCAGCUCCUAGUUUGCUCAGUACUGGAAGAUCUGCCGAUUGCACAACUCCAGUACUGAAGCGCCAAAAACGUUUCUCCACAAAGAAAUAUUUUGCACAAUCUUCCCUGUGCUUGUAUUCAGUCUCUAACCUGUCUGCUGCCAGAGGAUCCCGCACUGUAUUUUAUUCCAAUACGUGCAUGACAUCUCUUCUGAAAACCACCAAGGUUAGACCUCGUUCCUUCCUGUACUAACACACGAGAAGUUGGAAGCGCGUUUUACAUUCAUAAUGGAAUUAUUGCUGAUACACAGUCGUUUUUGCUAGUCAAUUUUUGCAUUUCAGGUUCAAGGCGUUUGUGUUUUUUAUUUGUUUAAAUGUUUUGACCAUUUUAAGAUAUUUUUUAGCAAAUCUACGCCAGCCAAGCAGCAGGUCUUAAUCCUCUCCUAUUAAAGCAGAGGCAAAAGAGGCACCAUGUUUUGGUCUCAUGGAGUAACCCUGGACCACAAUUUUAGCUGUUAGCAAAGAUCAAUACACAGUGAGCCAAAUGUGUGGUGCCAGUCUUAUGUGAUGGGUCUGUGAAUGUAAAGAAACCAGAGGGGGAGUGUGCUACCUUUUAGGCAAAGCCUCACAUCUGAAACCUGCCAAGCUCGCGUCAUUGUGUUCCUUCUACUUUGAAAGGCAUUUUUAAUUCAUUCUGUACCAGGGGGUUUUAAGAUUUUUGGGAACAGGGUUCACUUAAGCAAGAAAUGUUUUUUUUUUCUUGCAUAUUUUAUUUUAAUAUAUAUCCCAUGUUUGUUCAUUACUUAUUUUCAAUAUAUAACUUUUAUAAAGAAAUGAAAUAUAUUAACUUUGAUUGCAUAGUUUUAAAUACAGGUAAUCUAAUCUUAGAUCAUAGGCGUUACAUUACAAUUUGCACAGUUCAUAGACCUAUGGAGGCACACUUAAGAGACCGUUCAAACCAAGAAUCGACCUUGGAUGACUUUUUACAGGGUUUAUUAAGCUCUCAUGUGUGCCGUUAUUGUACCUUUUUAGAAUGAAUUCACCCGUUCACACUACUGCUAGGCAUGCACAUUUGUCACCAGGGGCGUUUCUCAGGGUCGUCGUGCUCUGGGAAUCUAGGACUGAUACCCCAAAUAUAUAUGGGCUUCGUAGGAAGUGUGGUUUAAGCUUCUAAUCAUUUACAGAAUUUUAAGUAUCAGAUUUCUAGUGUCGCAGGUUACCGUGUCACACUAAGUAUGCACAAGAUCAGGGCACCACUGCAAUUUAAGCUAAUACAAUCAACACAUAAAUGGUAUAUGUGUAAUGUUAAGGUGACCACUGAUUUUGCAACUUAUUACUUCGUAAAUUGGGCUAAGAAGCCUAGACCAUAAUUCGGAUGUAGUAAAGGGGUUUUCCCAUCACAUACAUUGGGGGCAUAUUGCUAGGAUAUGCCCCCAUUGUCUGAUAGGUGCAGGUCCCACCUCUGGGACCCACACCUACAACGAGA